UUAUUAGAAAUGAAGGCGACUUGGUCAGCCGGUUUCCGGUCACGAGAUACGCCGUAUAAAUACCAAUAGAAUCCAUUAGCCGUUUCUCGUGUCCCAAACUAAAUUCUCUCUUCGCAGAUUCAGAUCUGAAACUCCUCACUUCGAAUUCUUAGAGAGCGAUAUGGAGACCUUUCUGUUUACAUCUGAGUCUGUGAACGAGGGCCACCCCGACAAGCUGUGCGACCAGAUCUCCGAUGCAGUGCUGGACGCCUGCCUUGCCGAGGACCCCGAGAGCAAGGUUGCCUGUGAGACUUGCACCAAGACAAACAUGGUGAUGGUCUUUGGAGAGAUCACCACCAAGGCUAAUGUUGACUACGAGAAGAUUGUCCGUGACACAUGCCGCAAUAUUGGAUUUGUCUCGGAUGAUGUAGGUCUUGAUGCGGACAACUGCAAAGUGCUUGUCAACAUUGAGCAGCAGAGCCCUGAUAUUGCGCAAGGUGUUCACGGCCAUCUGACCAAGGCACCGGAGGAGAUUGGUGCUGGUGACCAAGGUCAUAUGUUUGGGUACGCCACCGACGAGACGCCUGAAUUGAUGCCCCUGAGCCAUGUUCUGGCCACCAAGCUUGGUGCUCGUCUUACUGAGGUGCGCAAGAACGGCACCUGCCCGUGGCUGAGGCCGGAUGGGAAGACUCAGGUCACAGUUGAGUACCACAACGACAACGGUGCCAUGGUUCCCCAACGCGUGCACACCGUUCUGAUUUCCACCCAGCAUGACGAAACUGUGACCAAUGACGAGAUUGCUGCAGAUCUCAAGGAACAUGUGAUCAAGCCUGUCAUCCCUGAGAAUUACCUUGAUGAGAAGACCAUCUUCCACCUCAACCCAUCUGGGCGGUUUGUCAUUGGUGGCCCUCAUGGAGAUGCUGGUCUGACAGGUCGUAAGAUCAUCAUCGACACGUACGGAGGGUGGGGUGCGCACGGAGGUGGUGCUUUCUCCGGGAAGGACCCAACCAAGGUGGACCGGAGCGGCGCCUACAUUGUGAGGCAGGCUGCUAAGAGCAUCGUGGCGAGUAAAAUGGCGCGGAGGUGCAUCGUGCAGGUGUCUUACGCCAUUGGUGUUCCGGAGCCUUUAUCUGUGUUUGUGGACACUUUUGGAACAGGAAAGAUCCCAGACAAGGAGAUCCUGCAGAUUGUGAAGGAGAAUUUCGACUUCAGGCCGGGUAUGAUCUCGAUUAAUCUGGACCUGAAGAGGGGUGGCAACGGCAGGUUCCUUAAGACGGCGGCGUACGGCCACUUUGGGCGGGAUGAUCCUGAUUUCACUUGGGAGGUUGUGAAGCCCCUCAAAUGGGAAGCAAAAGCUCAGGCUUGAGAUUAUCUACAUCUCUAUCUAUGCUUGUUAUCCUUUUAUCAUUGCCUACUAUCGUCCCCUGCGUGGUUUUCUUGUUUCUUGUUUGAGUUCUAAAUCGUGUUCUGUAAUAAACAUAAACAUAAUUUUUACAUCUUUUUCUCAA